GAUGUCCAGAUUACGUGGCGCCGCAAGGAAAAGAAAAAGGCAGCCGUGCUCGGCCUGUGCUUGCUCACUGUUGCCCAGCUGAAGCUCGCCAAGCACCAGAGGCGGUUAAGCUUUGGGUGGGCCGGCGGCAUCGCGGUCGCUGGAGUUGGCGCCGCGGAUAUUCGAUUCCCUCGGGAGAGGGGGAGGGAGGAGGGGGAUCGACAAGGCCGGCUCCACGAAGCGAACCGGGGAACCAGCCGCCCUCCCGAUCCAGCGCGCCCCGAUCGCCGUCGCCGCCUCCCCGUCGCCUGCUCCGUUGCGCCUCCCGCUAUGUCCGGCGCGGCGGUCCAGGCGGUGGAGCCCCGCCCGGCGGCUGCAGCUUCUGCCGGACCCACGGCCGCCGCGCCCCAGCCGGCGGCGGCGGCGGCGAGGGGAGGGUGCGGGGGCCCGGCGCGGGCGGCGGCGACGAUGGAGCACGUGCGGCUGGCGCUGCGGGAGACGGAGGCGGAGCGGGAGGCGCGGAUCCGCGCCGUCUUCGCCUCCUUCGACGCCGCGGGGCGGGGCCACCUCGACCACGCGCAGAUCGCCGCGGGGCUCGCCAAGCUGCGGGUCCCCGCCCCCGAGGGGGAGCCCGGGCCGGGGGCCGGGGCCGAGGAGGACUACGCGCGCGCGCUGCUCCGCGCCUGCGACCGCGACCGCGACGGCCGGGUCGGGUACGACGACUUCCGGCGCUACAUGGACGACAAGGAGCUCGAGCUCUACCGCAUCUUCCAGGCCAUCGACAUCGAGCACAACGGCUGCAUCCUGCCCGAGGAGCUCUGGCACGCGCUCGUCAAGGCUGGUAUAGAAAUUGGUGAUGAAGAGCUUGCAAGAUUCGUGGAGCAUGUGGAUAAGGACAAUGAUGGUAUUAUUACUUUUGAGGAAUGGAGAGAUUUUCUUUUGCUUUACCCUCAUGAAGCUACCAUUGAAAACAUUUAUCAUCACUGGGAAAGAGUCUGCCUUGUAGAUAUAGGUGAGCAGGCUGCUAUACCAGAAGGAAUAAGUAAACAUGUGAGUGCAAGCAAAUAUCUGAUUGCAGGAGGGAUUGCUGGUGCAGCAUCUCGUACUGCAACGGCACCUCUUGAUCGCCUCAAAGUUAAUAUCCAAGUGCAAACAAACCGUACUACAGUUGCACAUGCAGUUAAGAGUAUAUGGAGAGAUGGCGGUCUAGUGGGCUUUUUCAGAGGGAAUGGAUUGAAUGUGGUAAAAGUUGCUCCAGAAAGUGCUAUAAGGUUCUACACCUACGAAAUGCUUAAAGAAUACAUAAUGAAAAGUAAAGGAGAAGAUAAGAGUGACAUUGGUACCUCUGGACGUCUCAUGGCUGGUGGGUUGGCUGGUGCUGUCGCCCAGACAGCGAUUUAUCCCAUUGAUUUAGUGAAGACUCGUCUACAGACUUAUGAAGGAGGCAGGAUUCCUAGCCUUGGUGCACUAUCAAGGGAUAUAUGGAUACAUGAAGGUCCCCGAGCGUUCUACAGAGGCCUUGUUCCAUCAUUGCUUGGUAUGGUCCCUUACGCUGGAAUUGAUCUUACUGUUUAUGAGACACUAAAAGAAAUGUCCAAGACAUAUAUCCUCAAGGACAGCGAUCCUGGCCCUUUAGUACAGUUGGGCUGUGGAACAGUCUCCGGAGCUCUAGGAGCAACAUGUGUUUACCCUUUACAAGUCAUCAGAACAAGAAUGCAAGCUCAGUCAGCCAAUUCAGAGGAUCCAUAUAGAGGAAUGACUGAUUGCUUUCGGAGAACAUUACGGCGUGAAGGAUUUUCUGGAUUUUACAAAGGGCUUGUACCAAAUCUUCUUAAAGUGGUGCCAGCUGCAAGUAUUACCUAUCUUGUUUAUGAGACGAUGAAGAAAAGUCUCUCCCUAGAUUAAAUAUUGUGUACCGGCAACUGAGUGUAGAGAUAGUAUUGAGGCAUGCCAUUCCUGGUUAAGUACUUAAGUAGGUGCUAACGUAACAUCUCUGAAGUGUGAGAGUAUUUUGCCCUCAAGAUAGAGCAAAAGCGGGGCAUUCUCAUUCUUAUUGACAAAAAUAAAAAGGUGAUAUUAUGGUACAGAGAUCAAGGGUCCAAACAGGAAUACAGUGUACAGGUGGUAUGUCCGGCACAUAAUAGUUAGCUGUUGAGGCGGUUUUGUUAUACAAUUUGUGACCGUUACAGGGGGGGUAUUGUUCCACCUUACUCCAACUGCUUGUGCUUCUGAGCUUUCGACAGAAGCUGCCAUCUUCACUGACGCAGCAGUUGCCUGCGUAAAAGCCAAAAGGUUGCUUCAUAUAUUAUAUAUUCUAUUUGUGUUUACCAUACAUGUUCAGUGAUGAGCAUGUAUCUGUAUUGCUUCAAUGCGCAGCUCAUUGAAUGCGAUCCCUUGGCUUAUUUGAUAAAUGUAGACGGUAAACUGAUGCCUGUUCAUAAGCCAAUGCAUGCGACCCUCGGUCACACAUUCCAUGGA